AUGCUGUUACUGUCAAGCCUACUCCUGUGGGAGAAGGUGGCUUCUGUGCCCGUGAAUAUCAGUGACACUGGCCAUAGUGAAGUGUCCCUCAAAGACCUAUUCAAAAAUGCCACUCUACUGGCUGAGAACAUCAGUGACCUUGCUAGAGACCUGCGCCGAGAAUUUAUGUUAAGUUUGCAGUGGAACAUGGAAAUGGGUAAAGUCUUAAAACACUGCCACAUUCUUCCCAUCGAAUCUCCAAGCACAGUAGAGGAACUCAGGAAGAACGUGUUUGAAGACCUUUUGAAUACGACACUACUUAUACUGCGUGACUGGAAAGAUCCUCUGAAAUAUCUAGUGAAACAACUCAAUGCUAUGCCAGGAGUCCCCGAUGUUAUCCUAUCAAUGGCCAAAGACAUUGAGGACCAACACAAAAUUUUUCUAGAACACAUCAUGAAGAUAGUACCUAAGAUGUUAGAGUUGAACAAGGAUGAGGAGAAUAUGCCUAAGAUGCUUGACAGCUGCCACACUCCUCCCAUCAACACCCCAAAGACAAUACAGGAAUCCAGGAAGUUAGCAGCACCUGAACAAGGGGUUCAGUAA